AUGGUGGACUCUGAGCUGCAGAUCUACACGGUCUUUGAUUGUUCCCUGGAGAGGACUGGAGGAGCUGCAGAUCCGCAGUUACCUCAGAGAACCCGAACAGAAACAGAACAAAGAGGAGAAAGGAGGAGAUCCUCAGAGAACCUGAACAGAAACAGAACAAAGAGGAGAAAGGAGGAGAUCCUCAGAGAACCUGAACAGAAACAGAACAAAGAGGAGAGAGGAGGAGAUCCUCAGAGAACCUGA